CAGGGGACAUCCAGUUAGGACAUGGAAAAGGAAAAUGUAACAAUGCUGACAGAGUUUGUUCUCACUGGACUUACUGAACGACCAGAGUUGAAAAUACCCAUAUUCCUAGUGUCCUUGGUGAUAUAUCUCAUCACCUUGGUGUGGAACCUAGGGCUGAUUGCUCUCAUCUGGAAUGACCCUCACUUCCAUAGCCCCAUGUACCUAUUCCUUGGGUGUUUAGCUUUGGUGGAUGCUUGUCUUUCAUCCACAGUGACUCCCAAGAUGCUGGUCAACUUAUUAGCCAAGAGUAAAAUAAUAUCUCUAUCUGAAUGCAUGAUACAAUUUUUUUCCUUUGGAUUUAGUGGAACCACAGAAUGUUUUCUCCUGGCUACAAUGGCAUAUGAUCGAUAUGUAGCUAUAUGCAAACCAUUACUCUAUCCAGUGAUUAUGACCAAUAGACUAUGCAUCCAGCUGUCAGUCUGGUCAUUUGUAGGUGGCUUUCUUCAUGCCUUAAUUCAUGAAGGCUUUUUGUUCAGAUUAACCUUCUGUAACUCCAACAAAAUACAUCAAUUCUAUUAUGACAUCAUACCAUUGCUUAAGAUUUCCUGUACUGAUACAUCUAUUAAUUUUCUGAUGGUUUUUAUUUUCUCUGGUUCAAUUCAGGUAUUCACUAUUUUGACUGUUCUUGUCUCUUACACAUCUGUUCUCUUUACUGUCUUGCAAAAGAAGUCUGUAAAAGGUAUUAGGAAAGCCUUCUCCACCUGUGGAGCCCAUCUCUUUUCUUUAUCUUUAUACUUUGGCCCUCUUCUCUUCAUGUAUGUGAGCCCUAGAUCUCUUCAGGCAGAUGAUCGAGAUAUGAUGGACUCUCUGUUUUAUACUGUCAUAAUUCCUUUGUUAAAUCCAAUAAUCUACAGCCUGAGAAAUAAGAAAGUCACAGAUUUACUGAAUAAAAUUUUAAAAGAGAAAUGUGAAAGUGAAGCUCUCAUACUAAUAUCUGUGUUCUAUUUUUAA